UAUAUUGGCGGAUCAGAGCCAGAAAGAUCAGAAUGAAAUUGGUGUUUGCUUUACUCCUAUGUGUGGCUUUUGCCUCUGCCCAGUUUGGCGGCUUUCAAAAUGCGGCAAACAGAUUUCAGCAAGGAAUAGCAAGUCUUGGAAGCAGAAUACCCUCACCACCAACGCUCACCAAUGUGCAGAACUUUGGUGACUUUGUGACACAAUCGGGCAAAACCUAUCUGAAUGCGGCAGAUCGGCGAUUGCGCGAGGGUCUCUUCAGUGCCCGUAAAUCCUUGGUUGAUGCCACUAAUACGGCGUUCGCUAGCGGUGCCUCCGGUUUUGAGCAGGCUGUGAAUGCCUUUGCUGAUCUGACGAAUGCCGAGUUCCUUAAGCAGCUCACGGGAUUGAGGAAGUCAGCAAGCGGCGAGCAAAGUGCGAAGGCACAUCGUUUGUCACCCACAGUGCCAAAGGGAGUUCGUGUCCCGCAGUCCUUUGACUGGCGUGAGAAGGGCGGAGUGACGCCUGUUAAGUUCCAAGGUGAAUGUGGCUCUUGUUGGUCCUUCGCAACAACUGGUGCCAUUGAGGGUCAUGUGUUCCGUAAGACGGGCAAAUUACCAAAUCUGUCGGAACAGAAUCUGAUUGAUUGUGGCAAGAUGGAAUUGGGUCUGGCCGGUUGUGAUGGUGGCUUCCAGGAAUACGCAUUCAAUUUUGUACAAGAGCAAAAUGGCAUUGCCAAAGGCGAUAGUUAUCCCUACUUGGAUAAGAAGGAUACAUGCAAAUAUAAAUCGAACAUUUCGGGUGCCCAAAUUACUGGAUUUGCUGCCAUCGAACCGAAGGAUGAGGCAACGAUGAAAACUGUGGUUGCCACUCAGGGUCCACUUGCCUGCUCGGUGAAUGGACUGGAGAGUCUGCUCCUGUAUAAGCAUGGCAUCUACGACGAUAAGGAGUGCAACAACGGUGAGGUGAAUCAUUCCGUCUUGGUCGUUGGCUAUGGCAGCGAGAAGGGCAAAGAUUUCUGGAUCGUGAAGAACUCGUGGGACAAGGCCUGGGGCGAGGAGGGAUAUUUCCGUUUGCCACGUGGCAGUAACUUCUGCGGCAUUGCCAGCGAGUGCAGUUAUCCAAUAAUUUAAUAUACUUUAAUGUCCAACAAUACCAAGAUUAUUUUCAUCACAUGACGAGUUGUUCUGCAAUUUCAAUAAAAAAAUUUUAUUUUUAGA